CUCAGGUCCCAUCUAACGUUAUCUCCACCCCCCACCCCCACCCUCCCUUUCAUUUCCAUUCUCUUUCUUCCUGCCCCGCUCCACUCCUCUCAUCUCCGCACCCGGCUCGGAGAAAUGUCCGCCAGACCCGGAUUCUACCGGCAGGAGCUGAACAAGACUGUGUGGGAGGUUCCGGAGCGGUACCAGAACCUGACGCCGGUGGGCUCAGGAGCCUACGGAUCCGUGUGCUCGGCGUACGAUGUCGUCUUGCGGCAGAAGGUCGCGGUGAAGAAGCUGUCCAGGCCUUUUCAGUCCCUGAUCCACAGCCGCCGCUCGUACCGGGAACUCAGGCUGCUCAAGCACAUGAAACACGAGAAUGUAAUAGGACUGCUGGACGUCUUCACACCUGCUGCAGCAUUAGAGGACUUCAAAGAACUGUACCUGGUGACCAACCUGAUGGGCGCAGACCUCAACAACAUUGUUAAGUUUCAGAGGUUGUCGGACGAGCACGUGCAGUUCUUAAUUUACCAGCUUCUACGCGGCCUCAAGUACAUCCAUUCAGCAGGAUUGAUUCACAGAGACCUCAAACCAAGUAAUGUGGCAGUAAAUGAGGACUGCGAGUUGAGGAUCCUUGACUUUGGAUUGGCCAGACAGACGGAUGACGAGAUGACCGGGUAUGUGGCGACUCGCUGGUAUCGAGCGCCGGAGAUCAUGCUGAAUUGGAUGCACUACAAUCAGAAUGUUGAUAUUUGGUCUGUGGGAUGCAUUAUGGGAGAGCUCCUGAAAGGAAAAGUCCUUUUUCCUGGCACUGACUAUAUUGACCAGCUGAAGAGAAUCAUGGAGGUGGUUGGCACUCCGACACCCGACCUGUUGAAGAAGAUCUGCUCUGAACAUGCGCAGAAGUACAUCCAGUCUCUGCCCUUCAUGCCCCAGCAGGACCUGGAGAAGAUCUUCAGAGGAGCAAACCCACUGGCUGUCCAUCUACUGAAGCGCAUGCUGGUUCUCGACUGUGAUGGGAGGAUCUCUGCCAACGAGGCUCUGUCCCACCCUUACUUCUCACAGUACCACGAUCCAGACGACGAGCCAGAGGCCCCGCCUUACGACCAAACGCUGGAGAGUAAAGACCGAACUCUAGAAGAAUGGAAAGAGUUGGUAUUUGAAGAGGUGAACUGCGUCAAAACAUCCGGCAGCAAGACCGAUCGCCUUCAGGCGGAGCAGUGAGCCUCUUUCAGCUGCGACCUCAACUCCUCCCCUACAAAAAGGACCAAGCACUCAAUGAUCGAGAGAAGGAAGAGAACUCUGCAUUUCCCUCUGCACGUCGCGACCUCCAGGGAGCGUUUUAGAAUCCAACAGAAGGAACUUUCCAGUGCAGAAGUUGCUUCCUCUUAGGUUUCCGCUCAGCACGAUUCAAACGAGGAACCAUUGAACGUCAGGGAUUGCAGAGGUUAUGAGGAUUCAUGCGUGGAGGCAACUUCAGGAAACUGAGCUGUGUUUACAGACCGGUAGAAAGGAAUCAAAGAGAAAUAAAAACAACGCACACUAGGAUUUCCAAAGCAAUGACAACUGGUCCCUGGUAAUGACAAAUGACGUCAUGUCACAGGAGCAGCUUAGCAUUUAACCAUCAUACUACUGCAUGAUUUUUGUCUGUUUUAUUAUCAGGAAAUAUUACCGGUAUUAUAUUACAUUACUAUUAAGACUGCUUGUUGCAAAUGCCACACUGCUUCAAAAGCAGCCUGUGGGUCAGAGAGACAGUACCAGGAAAUGUGACCAAAUUUCAAUCAAUUUCUUCAUAUUUAAAGCACAGUAAAGAAAGAAAAGAAAAAAGAUAUAGCAAUGAAAAACAACAGUUCUUCCUCAGUCAUCCUCUACUAGAGUAGUAAACACCAACUGUGCUAUUAAUUACCACGGUAGUUAAUACAUGCUGGAGCAGCAUGACUGUGAUGCAAGUCUGUGUUUACAGUGCGACCUCGUUGUCAUAUACAGUUUCAGCUCAUGACUGAUAUGUGGUCACCUGUUGGCUUUGGCAGCGCCCCAUCAGGUUUCUGUAGUUCUCGGUCGUGUCUUAUAGAGCCCCGGUUUUUGUUUAUGAUGGUAUAGGUUUAUUGGCAUUAUGUCAGCUGUUGUAAAGCAUGCUGGAUAAUAAUACAUUACCCAGGUCCAAGGAAUGACUGGUCUAACACUCCCAUGAAGUCUCCGUGUUUCCUCAUCUUUGUUUUCAUGAUGUUUGAGUAUCAAUAAUCCAAACGGUGCAGAGUAAGCACAUUCAUUAUGGACGUAUAUAGUGUAAAAGCACUGAGGAUGUUAUUUACCUCACUUGUGGGUAUUUCAGUAACAGUGGACUUUGUAGCUUCUUCUUCGCGGGUAACAUUUGUAGAAGCAGCAUGGGCUCAAUGCAUAACCAGAUUAUCACAACGAAUGGCUCGCUUCCCCACUGGCUUUGUGUCACUGCUCUUGCAGCAGACUGGAGUUUAGUUCAACACACGUUUUGCUGAGGUAGGAAUAAUCUACUUGUGUUAGCCGACAGUUUGCAGAGCCAACCGGUUCUUUGACUCAAUGCUGAAUGUCAGUGAAAAGGUCAAGAGGCCAAAGCUGAUGUUAUGAAAACUAGAACUGAAUGAAAACAAAUGAAGAAAUGCAUCUGUGAAGCAGAUAUAGGUUUUAUGGAAUCUGAUCAUCUGCGGAGAAGCAGCCCUUUAGGUUAAAGAGCUGCAAGCCUGCUUUGAUUGUACUCUAUGAAAGCUGAAAUACUUCUUUGAAUCCUUUAUUGCGUAAAAGCAACACAUGGUUUACGAUCAAGCCCAGAUGAGGUUUUAUUUCACUGCAGAUAUGAGAUUAACAAUGGAAUGAGAAGAAAACCUAGCUAACCAGUCUAGCUAGCCUUAUUAGUCAAGAUCAAUGUGUAUUAUAAGUUGUAUGUGUUCCUUUGUUUAACUGUGGCUCUAUGGCUCGUCACACUCAAAUUGCACCAAACCAGUGAGAUUAUUUCUGCCUAAAAGAAAAAUUAGUACAAACAAAACAUUUUUGAAGAACAAAAAACCCCACUCUUUUUUCCUGUAAUGUUUCUUACUGGAGUGCUACAUGUAGCCUUUUGUGCAACUCGUUGAUUAAACUGGAUGCAAAAUGUUGAAAUUUCAGUCAAAGUGAAUAAAAGCUGCCUGUCAUGUCAGAGUGUUAGAGCUCUGAAUGUUAAAGUGUUGUAUGCUUAUGUGGAUGUUAUAUAUGGAGUUGAUUUGAAUAGCAAACUGCAAAUGGAAUGUAUACAUACAGCCUGUGUGAGUUACGAGUUAUGUGUGUCUUUUGUAUACACGGUGGCAUGUGAUUCACCGGUAGCCAUGAGUUUCAAAUCACUACGCUUCAUUUCAACAGUCAGUUUUCAACCGAUGCAGAUGGUUGAUCUUAUUCAUCAUCAACGGUUAACAUGCAAGGUUUGGUGACACUGCUGUCCCCAAAUCUUGUUUCAAUUAAGAUCAAUAUGUACUAAUCAAUAAUCAACAAGUGUGAAUUGGUUGUUUCCAUUCCUUUUUAUAGCAACAGUUAUCAAGAGGUCCUUUUCUGUUGCUCAAAGCAAGUUUCAUAAACAGCUAUUCCAGUCUGGUGAGGAUGUACAUGGCUGCCUUUCACAGCACAACCAUCAAACAUCUUUGAAAUAAAGUGGACCGCCUACUCAAAAUCUUUGUGUUGUUGUUGUU